CAAAGAUUAAAAUGAGUUGUGUGCUCAAGGCCAAAACAGGCUGUGUCCAUAAUGGGUUAAACUACAAAGUAAACCUGUUUAUUCCUAACAUAAGAAACUCAUAUAUUUUGUUUUCAAUUUCCCCAUUAGUAAUAAUGUUGAUUCUUUUCUGUAUGCCCCCUGCACCAGCCCUGUACCCCACACAAGAAUCAUCAAUACAUGGCAUUGGUCCCACAGACGCAUUCUGGGAGAUCUUCAACCGCUGAUGAGCCACAGGUUUGAGACUUCGCACAUUUCUUCUAUAGUUGUGUGAGGAAAAGUGUACAACGCCACAACAAUGUACUGGACAUCCCUGAAGCGCUCAAACAUUGUUACAUGUACUGAGAAGCGGGAAACUCCAUAACCUGCCGUCAUACAAUCCCUCAUAGACGCCCGGUACGGUUAUAUAACGGAGGGAAGUAAAGCAGCACAGCAGUCCUUACCCCGUUCACUUCCAUCCCGCGAGCAGUACACACAGCAGCAGUAAUGGCCUCCCGCUCCUCGAGGACACACCGCACGGACUUACUAGGAGCGGCGGCCGGGGAGGAGCCGUUACCGGAGCACAGGCCAAACAUGGCGGAGCGGCCGGAUGGCGGAGGGAAAUCUUUUGACAUAGAUGGAGAACUUGGCAGCCGUUCACAAUCAGCAUCAGAGGUGACCAGUACCCCAAAAUGUUUUCCCAUCACCAGCACCCCAAAAUGUAAAGAUACGGCCAAUUUAUUCACUCUGAGUCAAAUUACAGACAGAAGGUAUAUACCGUUCCCGAUCACAGAUGAGAUACGUGAUCCAGAGAGAAUUGAGAGGUUAUGUAUUUCUCCUGCCAAUAAGGAAUAUGAUGGAAAACACCAUAAUUCAUCCUGUAAAUCAUCAGAAUUUAUGACAAGUGGAAAACAUAAUUAUUCAGACAUUUCCUCUGGAUAUUUUUCAGUGGAAUAUCCAUCUUCACCAAUAAACAUUGAUAAAGAACCCAAGAGUGGUCUGCAUGACACUAGCUAUAGGAAUCCUGAAUUGAAAGACUCUCCUGGUUCAUGUAAAAGUGAUCAAACUAUGUCUCUUAAUGAACUGAAAGGAAAACACUCUGAUUUGGAAGAAAUAGAAUCAGGUCUAUUAGAAAUGACCAGUGAUAGUAACGGGUCAGCUCCAGUAACAAAUGUAAGCCAGCUCAAAGACUAUUCUGUUCAUUUAUCAAAGGCACAAAUACCUGCCAUGCAUGAAGGCGGUGUAUCUGUUCAUACAAGAGAGGCGAGGACUAGUUACAACUCAGCAGACAGUCCACCUUCGUCCAUCAGCAGGAACACUAAUGUUCCCAGACACGUUACCUCGACUCCAGACUUUGCAGCAAAUAAUGAAAAAGUAGUACAUGAAAUAAAUACAUUAAGGAAUGAAAACUUUAACCUUCAAAAAGAAUUCAAGAAAGCAGACAUUAGUGACACAGCCAUGAUCGGGGAUGAUAGCUAUGUAUUUAGGAUUCAAGAAUUAGAAAGUUACUUAACUGAACCGGAUCAACUUUAUAUGCAGGAGCAGCGGCUUAAGAAUAGAACUGCCGGUGUCCAGAUGGCAAUAAAACUUCUCCGUCUCAAUGAACAGUGCUUAAAAGAUGUAAAUUUCUGCUACAGAGAACAAAUCAGCAGAUUAAAGACAGAGAAAAACUUCCUUCAGCUAAGGCUGUCCAAAGCAGAACAGGAUGAAGAAGAAUAUGUCCAGGAAAUAAGGACUAUAACAGACAAAUGUGAAGAGCUUCUUAACCAAAGAAAGCAUUACCAUGAUGAGAGGAACCAUUUGUUUGUCGAAAAACAUUUUUUAGUGAAAGAAAUUGAAGAUUUAAAAAGAGAAAAGAAAAGAAAUGCUGAUUUGCUGGCAUUGGUUACUGCUGAGAAUGAUAAACUUGUCAAGAUGCUGAAUUCAAGAAGGACAAUGUUAUUCACAUACGCCAAGGAGAAACAAGAGCUACUGUCUAGAUUAAAGGAAGCACUGGUGGAAAACUCUGACCUAAAAAGAAAAAUAAAUGCUAGCAAAACCAAGCAGGUAAAAGAAUAAAAUAAAAGGUUCCAAUGUGUCAAAA